CUGCUGCCUUCAGACAGCGCUGAGGGCUGAGAGCCGGGCCGCAGUGCGCAGACUCCAGCGGGCUGCGCUCAUUGGUGCAGAGCUCGGUCUGUGCUGGGGAAGUUGAUCGUAUGCAACAGUGUGAGGUGAAGUGACGUGGAGGAGUCGGGCACACAACCGUAGGACGGUUUGUCAAAGUUCACAGACCCGGAGCAGAGCGCUGAGCACAGCUGUGGACAUGCGACCCCGGCGGCUUUAGCGGCGGCGACCUCACGUUUCCACCUCCGGCCGUGACGAGCCGAGUUUUUCCUCCAGGUGACGGCGGCUCUUUUUGGCUGGUUAGCUUCCACAUUAGCCUCCAGGAGCAGCCCGUGAACUCUGGCUGUGUGAAGUCAGACACCGUCACCGGACGCUAAACAUGAAAAAGACCAAGAAAGACUCGACUGGCCGCCGCUGACGUUGCUCAAACCGCAGUAGUUCGCUUGUUAGCAUUAGCCCGCCGGCUGAGCAGGGACACUCCACAGCCAAGUGUCACGAUGAGCUCCCUGCUGCGAGGCGAGGAGAUGUGUCUGGCCCAGCUCUUCCUGCAGUCCGGGUCCGCAUACGACUGCAUCAGUGAGCUGGGGGAGCUGGGACUGGCGGAGUUCAGAGACCUCAAUCCCAGUGUUAACACGUUCCAGCGAAAACAUGUCAACGAGAUCAAAAAAUGUGAAGAAAUGGAGAGGAUUCUUGGAUACCUUCUGAGGGAAAUUAAGAAAGCAGACAUUUCACUGCCAGAACGAGAUGUGAACCCAGUGGCUCCCUUACCGAAGCACAUCAUGGCUAUAAUGGAGCAGCUACAGAGACUAGAAGUGGAGCUGGGGGAAGUCACAAGGAAUAAAGAGAAGCUGCAGAAGAAUCUACUGGAGCUGAUAGAGUACACACACAUGCUGCACGUCACCCGCAGCUUUGUACAGAGAACGUGUGAGCGAGAGCCCCUGCAAGUGCAGUAUGAGGAGUUCCCCUUCCUAGAAAAAGACACGGUGAUGGAUUACAAUAGCAUGCAGAGGCUCGGAGCCAAACUGGGUUUCAUCUCUGGGCUUAUUCAGAGGGUAAAGAUCGAAGCCUUUGAGCGGAUGCUGUGGAGAGUCUGUAAAGGCUACACCAUCCUCAGCUACUCUGAGGUCGAGGAAUAUCUGGAAGAUCCUGAAACAGGAGAGCCAACCAAAAGGAUGGUGUUUCUGAUCUCUUACUGGGGAGACCAAAUUGGCCAGAAAGUAAAAAAGAUCUGUGACUGCUACCACUGUCACCUGUAUCCCUAUCCCACGAGCAAUGAUGAGAGGAAUGAUGUCGUAGAAGGACUUAAAACUCGCAUUCAGGACCUGCACACAGUACUUCAUAGGACAGAGGACUACCUGAGACAGGUCUCGAUCAAGGCUUCAGAAUCUGUGUACACCUGGGUCAUCCAGGUCAAGAAGAUUAAAGCCAUCUACUACAUUCUGAACCUGUGUAGUUUUGAUGUUACGAACAAGUGUCUGAUUGCUGAGGUGUGGUGUCCGGUCAACGACAUUCCCACCCUGCGGAGGGCCCUGGAAGAUGGAUCGAGAAAAAGUGGAGCGACAGUUCCUUCCUUUGUCAAUCGCAUCCCCACCAGCGACACUCCCCCCACCCUUUUUAGGACCAACAAAUUUACCUCUGGCUUCCAGAACAUUGUAGAUGCCUACGGAGUGGGAACUUACCGGGAGGUUAACCCUGCUCCGUUCACAAUCAUCACGUUCCCAUUCCUGUUUGCUGUGAUGUUCGGGGAUCUGGGUCACGGACUCAUCAUGGCUCUCUUUGCUUUCUGGAUGGUGCUGUACGAGAACAACCGCAAACUUAAAAACACCAGGAAUGAGAUCUGGAACACAUUCUUUGAGGGCCGUUAUAUCAUCCUGAUGAUGGGCCUGUUCUCCAUCUACACUGGUCUGAUAUACAAUGACUGCUUCUCAAAGUCCCUGAACAUCUUUGGUUCUGGAUGGAGUGUGAAGGCCAUGUUCACAGCGGAAGUGUGGAAGCCCGAAGAUCUCACUGGGAACAAGUUUCUUACUCUGGAUCCAAAUAUUACAGGCGUUUUCAAAGGACCAUAUCCGCUGGGAAUCGACCCGAUCUGGAACCUGGCCUCCAACCGUCUAACAUUUCUGAACUCCUACAAGAUGAAGAUGUCAGUGAUAUUGGGCGUCAUACACAUGAGCUUUGGGGUCAUUCUCAGCACUUACAAUCACUUGCACUUUAGGAAAAAGUACAACCUCUACUUGGUAUUUCUGCCUGAGCUGCUGUUCCUGCUGUGUCUGUUUGGCUACCUGGUGUUCAUGAUUUUCUACAAGUGGCUGGUAUUCUCUGCAAAGGACUCCAGAAAUGCCCCGAGCAUCCUCAUCCACUUUAUUAAUAUGUUCCUCAUGCAGGGUGACACAGUGUCGCCCCUCUACCCAGGACAGGCUGGCCUGCAGGUAUUUCUUGUUGUCAUUGCUGUUCUCUCAGUGCCUGUUCUACUCCUGGGCAAACCCAUCUACCUUUAUUGGGUUCACAAUGGAAGCCACCGACUAGGAAUGUACAGGGGAUACGAGCGUGUGCGGCGUAACAGUGAGGAGGAGCUAUACCUGAUGAGGGCUCAUGACAUGGAGGAGGGCAGCAGUCACAGUGAUCUCUCCACAAGUACAGAGCACAAGAAAGAAGAGUUUGACUUUGCAGAUGAGUUCCUGCAUCAGGCCAUCCACACUAUAGAGUAUUGCCUGGGAUGCGUCUCAAACACAGCCUCCUAUCUAAGACUCUGGGCUCUGAGCCUGGCACAUGCCCAGCUGUCAGAGGUGCUGUGGGCCAUGGUGAUGCGAGUAGGACUUCGAACGGACACCCGUAUUGGAGUUUUAUUCCUGGUGCCUGUGUUCGGCCUGUUUGCCGUUCUCACUGUGUCCAUCCUCCUGAUAAUGGAGAGUUUGUCUGCGUUCCUUCAUGCACUCCGGCUGCACUGGGUGGAGUUUCAGAAUAAGUUUUACGGUGGGACUGGAGUCAAGUUUUGCCCCUUCACUUUCUCUCUUCUGCCCUCCAGCUUUGAGCAUGAUGGCUUAAUGUGAAAGGACUACCUGGUAAUACUGUGGAUUUGGUACCAGAACCAAAACGAGCAAACACGGUUCUGUGCUCAUACAGACAUGUUCCAAUGAUCUCAUGAAGUGAUUCAGACUUUUCUUUUCUUUUUUAAUUAGUUAGUAAGGACAUCUUGUGCUGAGCCUCACAAACUGUGGAUUUCCUGGAAAACGGACAGCCUGGGCAGAAUGUAUUGUUGAGAAAAUACAGAUUUCCUAUUACAAAUUUAUAUAACAGGGGCACUUUGGUCCUGGAUCAGUAUGCGUCACUGUUGAAGUGUGAGUGUCAAAUGUAUAAUGCAAUUAGUAUUUUGAAAACCAUCAAUUUUCUUUUGAGUUAUUAUUGGUUUUUCAUCAACAGUUGUUCACAUCAGUUGUAUGGAGAAACACAUCCCUCAAACUUAGAAUGAUCAACAACAUGUGAUUUUAGUAUGAGAUAACUUAGUUAAGAUAACAGUAAUAGGUAAAUGGUUGGCCCCGAGGUUUGGCACACUUGUCCGGAUACUCUUUUGGUCCUCUCAUGGGAUUUACUGAUUAACCAAGAUAAAAGAAUAUCUUCUCUUUAUUUAUUUCUGGGUUCUUCAGUUUCUUUUACAACCUGUUGUUUUUGAUAAUUAAUUCAGCAUAAUUUUGUACCUUAAUUCUAGUAUUUUCAAUCUAGUUUGGGCUGAUCUGGUUUCGAUACACUAGGCAGAGGGCCUCCUAACAGACACAUAGUUCUUCAACUCUUAGGUGCACUGAUUGCCUUAUCUAAGUACAACCAAAUGACUGUAUCAUUCUUCAGAUUCCUCUCGUAUUCCUACUUUGUGGUACCAAAACACUGCAAAGUAUUUUUGACUUUUUAGUAUUGAAAAGUGCUGAGGUGUAUAUACUUUUGCAGAAUUUGUCUUUUUUAAUUUAUUUUAAAAUGUUGCAUCAGAAUUAAAGAUGAUUAUUAAUGUCAAGAGAUUUUUACUUUUAUGCAUUCACAGUGUUGCCUACGCAUCCACCUGUAUAUUUUUAACAUUCCAUGCAUGAAAAACUAAAAUCAUUGAUUAUUUGACCCAGCUCUGCUUGUUAGAGGUCACCUACUAUGAAGGAUCUUCUAUACAUAAUCAACAAGCUGAUUGGUUAUUAGAAGAUUGAAUGGUAGACUGGUAUUUUCUAAUUUUGUGAAUUUGUAAGUAUUAUAUAGAAGUGGUAUGGGGGUUUUUCCUAAGCGAGGGAGACUAAAUGUUAUUGUUUAAUUGUUGACCGGCACUUUUGUAAUGGCAAUAAAAUUUGCUUAAGUAAAGUGCUGCCAUGUGUUUAAAGGUCAUGACCUUUAGUAGCAAGUUCUAAAAUGGAUAAAAUAUGGUGUUGUCUCAAUUAUUGGGCCAAGAGAUGUUUGCCUUAAUUAACGUUGAGGUUUUUAUGGGUGGGUUGAAGGCAUUUUUUGAUUAUUUACUCUAAUUCAGUCAACAUUUUCAAGCACUCCAUGAUCCAGUUGUUUUUAAAGUCCUAUUUUCAUCAUCUUGUCAAUAAUAAAAUCUGUUUGUCUGAA